AUGCAGUCAUACGACCACUAUGGGCCGGGCGGAGCUGGAGACGACCAGGAAGAUGACUACUCGCCUCCUAGCUCCAGCUCUCGGGACCCCAAGGCUGCAGACAAGUCAAAGGCCGACGUGAAGCCUUCGGCCGUCGACAAGGGGGAUCGCAAGGGAGUCAUCAACAGAGUCAACCAACAAUUGCCGACGGAUGAAGAUGCGAUGCAGGAUCCACCAUGCAAGCGCUGCCGCAACGGUGGACUCGAAUGCGUCAUGGAGAAGCCCGGCCGGACUGCAGGAGAGGGUGUCGGGGAAGACCGUAUCAGGUCCCUGGAGUCGCAAGUGACGAGUAUCCAAAACACGCUCAGUGAUCUGGUGCAGACUCUGCGCCAAGGCAUGUCCACAUCCAGUGCCGCCUCAAAUGGGUCUGGUCACACGCCGGGAGCGGGGACAACCACCACACCGGAGUAUGCCGCCACCCAAGGCUUUGCUCCAUCCACUCUUAUGGCUGGCACAUCGCCACAAGGAGCGCCGGGCCAGCGGCCGUCGACCUUCCACCCGGCGAGUGCACUGGCGUCGCAGCCACGGUUCUCAACACCCGGAGCCACACCGCCGGGCUUCAUUCCACCAAGCCAGGCUGGAACAUUCAACCCCUACGCCAAUGCGUCGGCCAUGAUGACCCAGACGCCGGCGGACAGCCCUCUGAGCACCGGUACACCUGGGAUCCGCGGUCAUCAGUUCCCACACGACGGUGGCUUCAGGCGACCCCUUCCAGCAGCUGCCGGUACUCCAGGGCAGUGGCAGCCGUUCCCUCCACAGCCUCCGCAGUCGGAUCGUCACAUGUCUCUGCCACCUUCCCGUGCCGGGUCAGAGGGGCCGGACGACAUUCUUGCUCCCGAGGACAUAAUCAACCCGCUCGGCACCAUGUCCAACAUGGCUGGGUUGGUUGAAGCUGCUGUUGAACGUGCUCGUCAGGAGCAGCGCGCUACGCCUAUCCAUGUGCAACCGCCUGGACCUCCUGGUCAGAAGCGGGAGGCCGACCAACAGGACGUAGGCCAGCCCCAGAAGAAAGCGCGCUUCAGUGACCAUGUCAGCCCCAAGCCUCCAGCUGUGGUUGAGGCACAGGGGCUGCCGCAGACACUCGCCCCGCCCAAGCCGAAAUCCAAGGUCAAGAAGACACAUGUCCACGCCUACCCGGAUGUGGUAGACGAAGGUUACGUGUCCGAGGAGGAAGCCAGGGAGCUCAUGGGCCUCUACUACACGGGCUCGUGCAACUUCUUACCAUGCUACGAUCCGACCUUUGAUACGUGGGAGUCGCUCAAGAUCCGGUCGCCAUUCUCCAUUACCUGCAUCACCAUGGUCGGCGCUCGUGUUCGGGACGGUGGCGGUCCUGUCGGCGACGUUCAGCGACUGUGCCGGGAGCACGCUCAGCGCGUCGCCAUGGGAACGAUGUUCAACCCCGUUGCCAGGAUCGAGGCAGUGCAGGCGAUGAGCAUCCUCGCGGCGUUCAGUGACAAUGGAUGGCUGCCUGGCGGCCACGCUGUGCGGAUGGCGCUCGACAUGGGCAUCAACAAGUCGUUCAUCAAGCUUCUGCGUACCGGGAUGGGCAAGGGCAAGACGCCUGAGGAGUUGGAGGAGGAGCGACCACUCGUGGUGCACUCGCGCGUCUGGUUCUGCCUGUACUUGAUGGAGCACCAGAUGGCGUAUGGCAUGGGCCGACCCGCCAUCCUUCGGGAAGACGAGUCGAUCCACCAGUGCCGUCGCUUGCUCGAGCACCCGCUGUCGAUCACCUCGGACGCGAGGCUCAUUUCGACUGUCGAGCUGACUGCCUUGAGGGCACCACUCCACGUGGAGCUCACUGCAGCCCCCGAUCUUCCCAUUGACCAGAACACGCUCAAACGGCUGAAGCAGGCCAACCACGAGUUCGACUCAUGGGAGCGGUAUUGGGACAGGAUUCUCGCUGAGCGCUUUGGCAAAGGACGAGGAGACUUUUACCGCGAGUCGCUCGGCAUACAACGACAGUACGCGGAGCUCUUUGUCAACUCGCAGCUCCUCCGUGGCAUUAGAGAGCCAUCCGAUGUCCUCAACAUGCCGGAAGAGAAACGGACGCUGGCUAUUCGGGCAAUGCGGAACGCCCAGCACUGCCUCGAAAUCUGCCUUCGCCGUGAAAACUACCGCAACUCGCUGCGGUACGCCGUGCACUACACACACGUCUGCGCGGCGUUUGCAGCGUCGUUCCUCAUCCGCAUCGCAAGGCUCUUCCCCCAGGAGCUCAACCUGAAGAAGACUGCCAAGGAUGUCGAGGAGCUGGCUGGUGUACUGUCUGAGAUCCCCGCUGGUCGGUAUGCUCGCUCGCUUCGCCUGAUCUUGCGCCGCGCUCGCCGCGCAAAGGUCAUCCCUGCGGCAUCUGUGAUGCCGUCACCCAGCCGGACACCAGCUCCACUCCCGCAUGUCGGGGGGGCCGGCGCGACAUCGACCCCCGCCGUUGCGCCGAGCCCAGCGACCGUGCCGGCCUUCUCACCAACAUCGCUGGUCAACUCGGCCUACAUGGCCACACCAGGCCAGAGCCACCACUCGCCGGGUAACCUGCUACUCAGCGCCGCCAGCCAGGUGCUGGAGGAGUCGCCGCAGUCGACCCACGAGAUUAGCGAGUUUGACUUCUUGUUUGCGCAGGAGAAUCUCGAGCGGUCAGGGCUGCAGCUGGGCGAGGGCGACCCGCUGCCCUUGUUCCUCGACGGACACUCGCUCGGAGGGUCACUCGCUGCGACUGACGCUGCGCCGUUCGUCGGCCUGGAGAACUUCUUCCUGCCCGCCGAUGUGGACAACCGUCUCGCAGGCGGCAACAACCCGGACGGCACGGGCCUGGGCGACGUGCCGAGCGGCGACCUGUGGUGGUGAUACCAAUACGCACUACUUUAUCAUACCAUGUCAUGCAUUACCACC